CCGGGGUCUUUUAGAUGAACAUCCGGAGCUGGGCAGUGUAGGUCAGCUGACUGUUGUGAUCAACUAGCGGCUGUUGUUAACAUCUCAUCUGAGGAGGAGGUUGAGGUAGAAAAACCAUCUCCUCUGUCCGCCCAAACGCACCGAGCCGCUCGCCAGCCGCUAAGCCCGAUAACCGGCCACGUCUUCCCGCCCUCAGCAGGGAUGAGUGUCGGCGCUCCGAGAGGCCUGGCCAGCUCGGGGCAGAAGCUCAUCACGGAGAUCCUCCACCCGCUGUCCGCCGCCGAGGAGCCCCUGUCCCCAGGGCACGAUGUCACCAUCAGCGCAGAGAAAGAUAAGCAGGAACCGGGCCUGACCAACGGCACGCCGCUGGAGAUUUCCAGCCCCGCCUCUGCGUCGGUACUGAUCAGCAGGCUGCAGCUGGACUGCGAGCUGGAGGCCGACGCUCACGACCCGUUUGGCUCUGGAGAACCCCGCGACCUUUUCGUCACUGUCGACGACCCCAAGAAGCACGUCUCCACCAUGGAGACGUACAUCACCUACAGAGUCUCCACUAAGACAACACGGAUAGAGUUUGACCUUCCGGAGUACAGCGUGCGGCGGCGCUACCAGGACUUCGACUGGCUGAGGAUAAAACUAGAGGACAGCCAGCCGACCCACCUCGUCCCUCCGCUGCCAGAGAAGUUUGUGAUGAAGGGUGUGGUGGACCGCUUCUCCGAGGAGUUUGUGGACACGAGGAUGAAGGCUCUGGACAAGUUUCUGAAGCGAGUCGCGGACCACCCAGUUCUGUCUUUUAACCCACAUCUUAAUGCCUUCCUGACUGCCAAGGACCUGAACAAGCGUCAGGGUCUGGCCCUGCUGACCAAAGUGGGUGAAUCUGUGAAGAACGUGGCCGGAGGCUACAAGCUGCGGGCGCGGCCGGCUGAGUUCUGCGCCAUGGGAGAGUAUCUGGACACAUUCAGCCAGAAACUGGGAACCAUCGAUCGCAUCUCUCAGCGAAUCCUCCGAGAGCAGUCAGAGUACCUGACAGAGCUGCGUGAGUACGGCGCCGUCUACUCCGCUUGGGCUGCAUCAGAGGAGCAGCUGCAGCGCCCCCUGGAGGGCGUGGCCGGCUGCGUGACGACAAGCUGUGGCGCUCUGGAGGAUCUGAGUGACAACAUGAGCCAGGACUUCCUUCCUGUUCUCAGAGAAUACGUUCUCUACAUCGAGUCUAUGAAGAACGUUUUGAGGAAGCGAGACCAAGUUCAAGCGGAGUACGAGGGCCGCCUGGAAGCCGCCGUGUUACGCAAACAAGAAGAUCGGACGCCCAUUCCUGUGGAAGUGGAGAAGUGCCAGGACAAAGUGGAGUGUUUCAAUGCUGACCUGAAAGCAGACUGGGAACGCUGGCAGCGGAACAAGAGGCAAGACUUCAAACAGCUCCUCACGGGCAUGGCCGACAAAAACAUCAACUAUUAUGAAAAGAGCCAGGCAGCGUGGGAGUCCCUCAUAACGCUCCUCCAGGAAAAACAGACUGAGGACAAAACGAGCGAUACGAACUGAACUGAACGCGUACUUGAACGUCACGCUCAGCCAAGCCAAGGAAAACCAGCGACGGGGCAGCAGGUUCUAACCACCAGCGGUCCGCCUCCUGCUACCCUGAGAGAAACAAUGACGAUGACACGGAGAGCGGCCGCCUUCCACGCCAAUUCGGCCUGGGAAGAAAGGUAAUGAUUGGUGUGUUUGAGGUCAGCUGGGACAGUGGAGAAUCUUCUGUACAGACCCGUUUUUUUGUUGUUUUCUAUUUUUAUGGACUUUUUCUACCUAAUAUUUCAGAUUAACGGUCGUUUUUGUUUGUUUGUUGUUGUUGCCAAUGCUGCUUGUGUUUAUUUAUCUACAUUUGUGGAGAGAUGCGUUUUUCGUCCGCCCUCUCUGUUUUCACACUGAGCCAAAUGGGUAUCGAGGACCGGAAAUGCCGCAGUUCAAUAUAUCAAUAAGUUGGUAAAUAAAUAUUUAUAUAUGUGCUAAGUCAAUUAAAGUUGUAAAGAAUUUAACACCUUUACUGAUUAUUAUUUAUUAAAAAGAAUAACGAAAUGAGAACAUUUAUUAUUUUUUUUGAGCUACAAGCAGACAUAAUGAUUUUUCUAAAUUUAGUUCACACUUUCUUCUGCUUAUUUUGUUAGAACUGGUAAUGGAAGUGUUUGGGCGGGGCUAGCGUUGCUGCAGACAAGAGGAUUGGUCUAUAGUUGAAUUGAUGUGCAGCCCAACCAAUCAGAUUCGAUAAUUUUAAGAAUUUCUUUCUCAAAUGCAGCACAGAACAAAUGACAAACUUUAAUACAUCUGGACUUGGUUGUAAAUAAUGUGAUCCAUUGCUAAUUUUUCAUUAAUAAAUCUGGAAUUAUUAUUUUUUUAAUUAUUAGCCAAAAUUAUAGGUUUAUUUAUUUAAUGUGAUGCAAUUUUAUGUGGAUUAAAAUUGUAUGUAUGUAUAUAAAUGUUUAUUUACCAAAUUUAUUGGAUUGUGGCUUUUUGUUUUCUCUUGACGAAUGGGAAUAACUGCAAAAAAAUUUGGUUUGAUUUUUAUUUUGUUUUUAUUUUUAAUUUUUUGUUUCUAUUAGAAGGUAAAACUCUGAAAUUGUUACAUCAAAACUUUUAAUUUGACUAAAUCAUUUUUCAUCGGAAAUAUAAUUGGGUUUUUUUGUUUUUUUGGAUCUUUAUAUCCAAAUAUUAUCACAGGAAUAUCAACCUUGACGCCCUCUAGUAGCUGUUUAACAACAUUUCAGAAAUAUUUUCCCACAUUCUUUUCCAGCACCAGUUAAAUCAAUAAUAAGCGUCAUGAUAAAACCAAACCAGGAAAUAUUCUAGUUUUGCAUUCUGGGCUCUUUUGAUAAGUGUGUAACAGCGCCACCUAGUGGCAAAGUUUUACUCUACUUCUCAUUCUCUACUUCUGCUGGAUUCGGUUGUUAAAGUGGUUGUAACAAUCACUUAAAGUCACAGUAGUUUAAUAUUCCAGCCUUCCUUGGGAAUGUUAAGUAGUGUGGGAUAUGGCCUUGGAAUAACUUUGAGGAAAAAGUGAGUACUUUAAUGCAAAAACGAAAAAAGUUUAGAGCUGGAAAUAGUGAAUCAUUCUUAAAACCGCCCAGUAAAAAUUUGAUUUUGCUUCAGAAAGACAACCUGUUGCAGGACUUGCAUCCAAGGUGAUUCCAUUGUGCUUUAAUAUAUUCAGUUACUUAUCAAACAGAAACUGCAUGAAGCCAAUUGACAGAGCAAAUCCUUUCCAGUAUACAUCGGUUCAGCUUGCUCACAGUAUUGACUUUGUGCAAUCAUCUGCAGAGCUGUGACUCAAUUGGAAAAUAUUAGAAACACGGAAGCAGCCUGCUGAAAAUAUCAAUUUUUUCCCCCUUAUAUUCUUUACUUGAUCUCAAUUUUAAAGGGGAAAAAAUCACUUUGCUGCCCUCGGAUCAAACAGUGCUCCUUUGAUGGCUCUCAACCACAAGAGGAAGAUGAAACCUGCUGAAACGUCAUCAUUUUUUUCCCUACCCUCAGCUGUGUGUGGUUGAGUCAGUGAGACUUGGUGUUAAGUAGCAAAAUGUGACCAAGGAUUUCAGGGCAAGCUCAGCUAUGUGACAUUAACCCAACAUCAUGUUAGCGUUUAGUUUUUGUUCAUUUUUGCACAGAUGUAGCCUCAGACAGUAUUAUCUGUCUGGUAAAAGAAGAGAUUUUUGAAAUAAAGGUACGUUUUUUUUGUUUGUUCGUUUAGAUUUCUGCUUUUUGUUUGUUUUGUUUUUUUAAGCUGAUGCCACAUUACCAGACCUGCCCUCUAUACAACCAAACAUGAAGGCUGAUUUAGUGUCUGCAACUUGUGGAUGUUGUCAGCUUCAUUGUUUUUUUUGUUCCUCAUUCUUAUUUGUCUAUCUUGACCUUUAUAGCCUUUUAUAGCAGCUAUUUCUUUAACUGUUUUAUCAGAUGUGAAAAAAGGAUAAAAAAUUAAGGAAAUAAAAUGCUUUUUUUGUGCGGGGGGGCCAUGUGAGGUCCAGAAUGAGGUUAUGGUUCCAGGUAGCUAUGACAACCGGAGACGGCUGUAAUGGAGGUUCAAACUAAAAGCCUGAAUGACUGAAAUAAUAUGAGGAUGCAGUAAAGAGGGGAGCAGAAGAGACCCAAGUUUCUGUUCUGUUUUGUUUUGUUGUAACUAUAAUACUGCUGUAUUAAAACAAACUUUUUUUUUUAUUACAUUGUAUACUCGCUUAAAAAACAGUGACUUUUACAAUUAUUGGCACCCUGGUAAAGAUGUUUGAAGAGUCUUAAAAUAAGCUAAUCCUUGUCAGCAGUCUAAUCUCUCAAUAAAUGAUGACGUAAAAGCAACUGUGGCUGAUGUAGCGAGCCACUAGUGAUGCUGUGGGAGUGAAACAGGCCCUCAGCAUCACAGAUCCUCCCCCGUACUCAACAAUGUGCAUUAUACAUCCUGUUUGUUUCAGAGUAAACUCACCUGGAGUGUUUUCUCAUCGAGCUUUGAUGAUUGUCUUUUGUGUGUGUGUGUGUGUGUGUGUGUGUGUGGGGAGAUGAUAUAAAGUUGGGCACAGUUCAUGUUUAGUUGACUUGAGUGGCAGGUUUUCUUGUCUUUCCCAUUUUGAAAUGAUUUGGAGAAAUUGACCUCCUUUUGUAAGUCAUAUUUUUGCCUCCUUUGAAACAAACGCCUUCUGUUGCUAAUUUAAAGUUUCUAGAUAUUCUGAUGAAUCUAAAAAAGUAUAAUUUGUUGCAUUUGUUUUAUAGAAAUUGUUACGGUGCCAAUAAUGAACUUUAUUUAAAAACAAGUUUCCUAACCUUAAUUUGUUUUCUUGCUGCCUAAAGAGACUUGGACUUUCAGUAGGAGAUCAUGCUUCUCCAAAAAGCUGAAUUCAUUUAAUUUUAUUUACAUUGUUUUACCAGGAGUGCUGAUAAUUGUAGAGGGCGCUGUUAUAAAAUAAUUAUUUGGAAACCUCUCCAUUGGUACUCAGAGGUCCUGACCUCUAAUAGCGGUAAGAAUAGAAAUGUUGGUGACCAGUUUAAAUGAAUCCUGGUAAUCGUAAUAAAAAGGAAACAAAGGGAAGAACUUCAAUGUCAAGCUUUCAGAAUAAUUUUAGCUCAACUAAGCUUGAGAUUUCCACGCCUACUUUUUGCUUAAUAUGUUUUAAACACACCCUCAGUGAGAAGCAUCAUUUUGUUUUUGAAAUUAUAAACGGGUACGAGUAAAUCCUCGGAUCUCUUCCAGGAAGAAAAAACAUUUUCCUUGGUGUUUGGUUUUGUAACACCAAAAUAAAGUUUAAAAAAAAAUAAUAAAAGUUUACUCUUGCAUUAGGGGAGGCAUAUUGUUUGUUUUUUUUUGUUUUUUUUCUUUUUUUUAGCAUCCUGUUGCAUCCAUUUGACUCACUAGUGAACCGACUUGAAUGGGUGUUUAAUUCGGGGAAGUUUUUUUUCUUUAAAGCUCUUAAGCCAAAUGCCCUCUUCUCCUUUCUGUGUGACUUCACAUGUUUAAUUAGAUCUAUUUUUGUUUUUCUCUGUUCCACCCCGGUGUGCUCUGUUUACGUCCCUGAUUGUACAUUCGAAUGUUAAUAACAAUUUGUUGUAAUUAUAAAUAAGCUUGUAUACUGAUGUUUUGAUGCAAUUUAUCUUUACCACAUUUUUUGGAUAUACUGGACCAACAAUAAAGAGAAUAAAUGACGA